GGCCGGGGCGGGCGGGAGGGGACGGGAGGGGAGGGGGGGGGGGGAGGCGGCGGCGGCCGGGACGCGAUCGGUGUCGGCGCGGAGCCGGCGGGGCCCGGGCCCAUGGAGCUGGAGAACAUCGUGGCCAACACCGUGCUGCUGAAGGCACGGGAAGGUGGCGGCGGAAACAGGAAGGGCAAGAGCAAGAAAUGGCGCCAGAUGCUGCAGUUCCCCCACAUCAGCCUCUGCGAGGAGCUCCGGCAAGCCCUCGAGCGGGACUACCACAGCCUGUGCGAGAGGCAGCCCAUCGGGCGCGCGCUGUUCCGGCAGUUCUGCGAGACGCGCCCCGAGCUGGCACGCUGCGUCAGCUUCCUGGACGCCGUGGCCGGGUACGAGGUGGCUCCGGACGAGAAGCGGAAGGAAUGCGGGCAGCACCUGAUCGAGAAGUACCUGAAGCCAAAGAGCGAGGACCACGUGCCUGAAGUCCCCCCCCAGCUGGUGGAUGCCUGCUGUGAGCGGCUGGAGCAGGAACCCUCCAAGGAGCUCUUCAAGGAAUCCACCAAGCUUAUCCACGACUACCUGAGUGUGGCUCCCUUUGCUGACUACCUCGACAGCUUGUACUUCAACCGCUUCCUGCAGUGGAAAUGGCUGGAACGGCAGCCAGUGACCAAAAACACUUUCCGCCAGUACCGUGUGCUAGGCAAGGGCGGUUUUGGAGAGGUUUGUGCCUGCCAAGUGCGUGCCACGGGGAAGAUGUACGCCUGCAAGAAGCUGGAGAAGAAACGGAUCAAAAAGCGGAAGGGAGAGGCCAUGGCCCUGAAUGAGAAACAGAUCCUGGAAAAAGUGAACAGUAGGUUUGUAGUGAGCUUAGCCUAUGCAUAUGAAACUAAAGAUGCUCUCUGCCUAGUGCUGACCCUCAUGAAUGGAGGGGACCUCAAGUUCCAUAUCUACCACAUGGGCGAGGCUGGCUUCGAGGAGCCCCGGGCAGCUUUCUAUGCUGCUGAGAUCUGCUGUGGCCUCGAGGACUUGCACCAGGAGAGGAUAGUGUACAGGGACCUGAAGCCAGAGAACAUCUUGCUGGAUGACCAUGGUCACAUCCGUAUCUCAGACCUGGGGCUGGCCGUGCACGUGCCCGAGGGCCAAACAAUCAAAGGACGUGUAGGGACAGUGGGCUACAUGGCUCCAGAGGUGGUGAAGAACGAGCGCUACACGUUCAGCCCGGACUGGUGGGCUCUGGGCUGCCUGGUGUACGAGAUGAUCGAGGGGCAGUCGCCCUUCCAGCAGCGCAAGAAGAAGAUCAAGCGGGAGGAGGUGGAGCGCCUGGUGAAGGACGUGCAGGAGGAGUACUCCGAGAAGUUCUCGCCCUGCGCCCGCUCCCUCUGCACCAUGCUCCUGUGCAAAGACCCCUUGGAGCGCCUGGGCUGCCGAGGGGCUGGGGCCAGGGAAGUGAAGGAGCACCCUCUCUUCAAGCACCUCAAUUUUCGGAGGCUGGAAGCGGGCAUGCUGGACCCCCCCUUCAAACCAGACCCCCAGGCCAUCUACUGCAAGGACGUUCUGGACAUCGAGCAGUUCUCCACGGUGAAAGGCGUGGAGCUGGAGCCCACGGACAAUGACUUCUACCAGAAGUUUGCUACAGGGAGCGUGCCCAUUCCUUGGCAGAAUGAGAUGAUCGAGACAGAGUGCUUCAAGGAGCUGAACGUCUUUAGCACAGAUGGCUCGGUGCCCCCAGACCUGGACUGGAAAGGGCAGCCCUCCCCCCAGCCCAAAAAAGGGUUACUCCAGCGCUUCUUCAGCAGACAGGACUGUUGUGGGAACUGCAGCGACAGCGAGGAAGAGCCCACCCGGCUGUAGGGCACGUUCUCCAGCCCCUGGGACCCCCUUGGCCUCUCCGGGCGCCCAGCAGGACGAGAGGCCAGCCCGAAGGCCGAGGCAGCAGUGGCCCCGCGAGGUGGAUUUGUUUACAGCUUCACCAGGCUGGCUGAAGACUCCGAGGACAGCUCCAGCGCUGGCAGCAGCACCCCAGGCCCCAGAACCUCUGGCCACGGGCGAGCUGACGUCCCCAGGACAGACGUGGAGUGCCCUGAGCAUCCUGCUGGGGACGGUGCCACCGCUGGGGCCGAGGGCAGGAGGGAGGGAUCGUGCCGGCGUGGGCCGAGGCCGGGCUGGAGCAGCUCUGCUGCCACAUCCCGUGGUGUCGGAGCGGCGCCGCGGGUUUGGUGUGUAUUUAUAGCCGUGGGUCUGUACAUAGCACACGUCAGUUUUUAAUCUAUAGGUUGGGGGGGGGGGGCCGGCGCUGCCCCCACCCUGUCACAGGCACAAAUGUCCUCCUAUGGGGGGGAGCGACGGUCCCAGCUUCGUACCGGGGAGUCCUGGGCAAAGGCUUUGCGUGCCUUGAGGUGUGAAAGCAUCUCAUCCCGGACCCCUUGGGCCCUGCUGAGGCGUCCCUGGCUCCAGAGGAGUCCAUUGCUCAGCCCCGAGGCGCGGGGACCUCCUGUGCCCAAGCGUCUCCCAUUGCCUCCUGGCAGCAGAGCGUCACCGCCUCGUCCCCGCUUCCCUGCCUGCCUCCUCCUGCCUCCUUCCUCAACGUGCUGCCAGCUCCAGGAGCUGCUCCUGGCCCCCCCGGCCCGCUGGCAGCCUCCCUGCAGCACCCGCUGGGAAGGUAGAGCCCCAAGGGUCGCUCCCCUGCGUGGUGCGGGGUGGCCCCAGCACGGUGCCACCAGCUCCGUGCUCGCUGCGGGCAGUCCCUCGGGACAGCAGCGCACGGGGCCGUGCUUUUGGGGUGCAGAGGGAGCACCCCUAGAAUCCUCCAACCUGUGGGAGCCAACGUGGCCGUGCCCAAGGGCAUAGCUGGUGGGACCUGAGCCCCCACAGGGGUCCUGCGUGUCCCCGGGGAGCGACACGGGGCUCGGCACGGCUCCCCUGCCCCUGUCCCGUCUCGUGCAUGUUUGUCCGGCCGUGUCCCCAGCAAUAACCGCUCUGUGUGUGUCUGUCUGUCUGUGUGUACGUCCGUGCUGCCGCCCCCCUGCUCCUUCUGAGCCAGGCCCCGCGGGUGGGCUGAGCACCUACUUGGACCUGUGGUAUCAUUCGCUUGCCUUGCACUAAAGUUUGGAAAUAUUUAAAUUUUUAACCUUU